AUGAAACCAUCAGCGGCUGAAAGACCCCAUGUUGGCUCCUCUGAAGAAGAGAUACCAGUAUACUUGAAGUUGGUGAAGACGGUCGCCUGGAAAGUUAAACCUACUGAAACUGUGAAGGAUUUGAAGGCAUUAUUAUAUGAAAAAGGAAUCGUUUCCGAGACUAUUCGGGAUCUUUGCUUUGCUGGUAAACUGCUCACUGAUGAUGAAAGGCUAGUUGAUCAUGGUAUUCAGAGGAACUCCACUCUCCAUUUACUUCUCCAGAAUUUCGACGUAGUGAAGCUACACAUCAAAAUACCAUCAGAGCAAAGGACCAUUAUAGUGGAAGCUAGGGCUAAUGAUACCGUGGAAAGUAUCAAGUCAUUGAUCGAGGUGACAGAGGGGAUCCAAUUGAAUCGAUUUUCUCUUAUAUAUGAAGGAAAACUACUUGAAGAGGAUUGGAGUCUGAGCUCUCUUGAUGUAAAGAAUGAGUCCACCAUUUGUGUUGUUUUCAGCCAAACGGAUGUGCUUUCGAUUUAUGUCAAAGCAUUAUCCGGGAAAGUUGCAAAACUUAAGGUUAAAGUAACGUUUUCGGUAGCCGAUGUCAAAGCAAUUGCUGAUACUAUGUUGGGUACUUCAGCAGGCAGUUUGUUCUAUUUAGGCCAGCAACUCGAGGAUUCGAAGAUAUUGGCUUGUUAUGACAUCAAAGAGGAAUCUAUGCUGCAAAUUUUGCAUCCCCUAUUUCAAGUGUUUGUCAAGACUUGGAGUGGGAGAACCUUAACUCUUGAUGUACAGCAGAAUAUGACGGUCCAAGAUGUGAAGGACAAGAUUUUCAAGAAGCUGAAGAUUCCGGUUCAUCUUCAGAGUAUUAUAUUUUCUGGCAAACGACUCGAAGGAGGACGUGAUCUGGCCAGUUACCGUAUCCAGAAACAUAGCACACUUUCUAUGGUACUAGCACCAUCAUCGACCAUCAUGCGUAUCGAAGUUGGCAAAAUUACUAGCUCUAUUUCUCAAUUCUCCACCGUUCGUACUGUGAAGGAAAUGAUUCGAUCGAAGAAAGGAAUUACGGUGAAGGAAAUACUAUAUGGUGAGAAGGCAUUGGAUGAUGAAUUCUCUUUGGAACAUUACGGGAUCAACAAGGAAACUGAAUUGACUGUUGUGUAUUAA